GUAGCAUUCCGAGGAACGCCGUUUCCUUACAGAAAGAGAUACGGAGUGUAUAUACACAUAUAGAUAUAUAGAGAGAGAAAGAGAAAGAAAGACAGAGCUGUCUGUAACGGUAGCAGGAGGUAGCAUAGCAGACACGAUUCCAAAAGCUGCUUCCUCUCAUAAAUUCCCUGUCAACGCAUAAUCAUUCGCUUCAGUUAUCAUCUGUGACACCAUCACACGGUGAUCAUCAUCACUACUGCUACUACUUUGCUUUCCACACCCUUAUGACAAUCAUGAAUGAUGUCACGGAUUUAGAUUAGUUCAUCCAAGUAACAUCUCUCAACUGAAAAUCAAAACCACCACCAAACAGCAAUAUCAGCAGUUUUUGGUUUCAGCUUUAAACGAUGUCGUUGCACCGUGGUGAAGGAGAUGAGCUCUACGAGCAGCUGUGGAAGGCGUGUGCAGGACCCCAUGUGGAAAUUCCUCGUGCAGGCCAAAGGGUCUUCUACUUCCCUCAGGGACACAUGGAACAGUUAGAAGUAUCAACAAAUCAGGAACUAAAUCAAAGGAUUCCACUGUUCAAACUUCCCUCCGAGAUCCUUUGUCGUGUCGUCAACGUCCAUUUAUUGGCCGAACCAGAAACAGAUGAGGUUUAUGCACAGAUUACUCUGGUACCGGAAAAUAAUCAAACUGAGCCUACAAGCCCUGAUCCAUGCCCUUCUGAAGUUCCAAGGCCAAGAGUUCACUCCUUCUGCAAGGUCUUAACCGCCUCUGAUACAAGCACUCAUGGUGGCUUUUCUGUCCUUCGGAAGCAUGCCACUGAAUGUCUUCCAGCAUUGGACAUGUCGAAAUCAACCCCAACUCAAGAAUUGGUUGCUAAGGAUCUUCAUGGAUAUGAAUGGCGCUUUAAGCAUAUAUUUAGAGGUCAACCGCGUAGACACUUGCUCACAACCGGAUGGAGUACUUUUGUGACUUCCAAGAGAUUAGUUGCUGGAGACACCUUUGUGUUUCUGAGAGGGAGCAAUGGAGAACUGCGAGUUGGAGUGAGGCGUCUUACUCCUGUUCAAAGCAGCAUGCCAUCAUCUGUAAUUUCUAGUCAGAGCAUGCACCUAGGAGUUCUCGCAACUGCAUCUCAUGCUGUAGCAACUCAGACUCUUUUUGUUGUAUAUUAUAAGCCAAGGACAAGCCAGUUUAUUGUAAGUGUGAACAAGUAUUUAGAGGCUAUCAACCAAAAAUGUAAUGUUGGCAUGAGAUUGAAGAUGAGGCUUGAAGGGGAUGAUUCUACUGAAACAGACAAAAGAAUUUCGGGCACAAUAAUUGGAGUUGAGGAUAUUUCCCCUCAUUGGGUAAAUUCAAAAUGGCGAUCACUCAAGGUUCAAUGGGAUGAAACUCCAUCUUUUCCAAGACCUGAUAGAGUUUCACCAUGGGAGAUAGAACCCAUUCUGGCUUCUGUACCUACAACAAUGUCAUCUCAACCUGUUGUUCUAAAGAAUAAAAGGCCUCGACAAGCAACUGAAGUUCCAGAUCUUGGAGACACACCAUUAAUUGCUCCUACUUUCUGGGAUCCUGGUCUGACACAGUCAGAUAUUACACAACUUGGUGUUAUUACCGAAAGCAAAAGGAGUGAAAGUACUGCUCACAUGUGGCAUCAUAACAAUAACAGCAGCAGCAAUAUAUCAAUGAAUCAGAGAAAAGCAAGUUGGCUGUCUUCUCCUUCUCAUUUAUAUCUUGACACAAGUGAUGAUAGCAAGAGUAUAUCAGCUUCUCCUAUUUCAAAAAUUCACUCGGAAAGAUUGAACAAUGACCAUUGCCUUGACCAGGUUGAUAAGGAGAUCAGCAAUGUAGAGCCUGCAACAGGCUGCAGAUUGUUUGGGAUUGACCUUAUUGAUCAUACAAGGAGCAACUCUCUUUCUGUAGAUAAUGCAUCUGCAGUCACAUCUGAGGGCAGAACUGAUGCAAACCAUGAGUCUGAUAUCUCAAAGGCUUCUAAAGAAUGGAAACAAGAACAGCUACAAGUAUCGCCAAAAGAGACUCAAAACAAGCAAAUUUGUAGCAGAAGUUGCACUAAGGUUCAAAUGCAGGGGGUUGCAGUGGGUCGUGCUGUGGACUUGACCACAUUGGAUGGAUAUGAACAACUUGUAGAUGAAUUGGAGAAGAUGUUCGACAUAAAGGGACAGCUUCAACACAGGAACAAGUGGGAAAUUGUCUUCACUGAUGAUGAAGGGGAUAUGAUGCUUGUUGGUGAUGAUCCGUGGCCUGAAUUCUGUAACAUGGUGAGAAGAAUCUUCAUUUGCUCAAGCCAGGAUGUGCACAAACUGAGCUCAGGGAGCAAACUACCUAUCUCUUCAAUGGAAGACUCUGUAAUAAGCUCAGACACAGCUGAGACCUGAAACUUACAUUCUUGCAUGCCCUUUCUAUGUUUUUGUUGGUCUUUUUUGCUUUUGCUGUAAGGUGUUAGUUUAUCUUUGGCAAGGCAAAUUUCAUGUUACAUGAGAAAAAGUGCUAAUUGUAGUUUGAUUUAGAGACUCUCUGCACACUAAUUGGGUUCCAAAGACCAAAUUCCAUAUUUUAAUAAA